AUAUCUUGAACAGGUAGAAUCAUGCUCUGUGCAGCUUUGCUCCCAUGCCAGACAGUCAGAGAAGGAAUUCUACGGAGAUUUAGCCAACCAGACAUGAUGUACGGUUGGAUGGCACUCUGUCUUGUCCUUCCAGGGACAAGCAGCUUCAUGAUCCACAACACAGUUCACAGCUUGUGCCUUGAAGACUCUAAAACUGGCUGGGUUCAGCUGAAGAAGUGCAGCCUUGACUCAGACCUUCAGCAGUGGGUGUGGAGGGACCCCAAUAUCCUGCAGAGUGUGGUCACAUCCAGGUGCCUGUCAGGCUACCACGCCGAUCCUGUCCAGACGGUGCCCUGUGAAGGGGGGGAGGAGGGAGGAGAGAGGGAGGGGAAUGGACUCCAGUGGGAUUGUGAGGGUAACAGACUGAUGAGCCGGAACUUGUCUCUAGAGCUGUCCACAGAUGGGAAACGCCUGACUCUGUCACCCCGAAGCAAACAGUCCAAGUGGAGGUCUCUGGAUGAAGGGGACAUCUGCCAGGAGAGGCUUAGAUCCAAAAGGGCAUCCUCCGAUGAGCAAGACGAGUUUGAGGUGAGAGAGGGGGGAGAGGAGAUGAGCGCAGCCGCCAUGACUGAGGAACAGAGAGAGUUUUUAAAAUGGUUUUAUCGCACGGAGGACCCAACGUCAUGGAAGUUGGCGAUGCUGGCUCUGUCCUUUGGGGCUCUCCUCCUUGGUUGCCUGCUCCUUGGCAUGGGCUCCAUGGCUAACAAGAACAGGAAGAAGAUAGCCAAGUAUAAGGCUGCAGCUUCUCUGGCUCAGAGGCCAGAGGGUGAAGAACUCCAGGUCCUCACGACAAUCACAGAGAUCAAUGCCACCCAUAGCACCCCCACUCAGGUCAGGACACUGUCAGAGAGUGUGGUGCAGCAAAUCCAACCGCAACAAGACAGCGGGGACACAGACAGGCUCAAACCUGGAGAGAUCAUGGUGACCUGGAAGAACGGAGACGUCUCCAAUCUGUACCCUGAACCUGCAGCAGAACUGGAGGAGGAGGAGGAGGAAAGACAAGAGGUGGAGACAGAAGUGGUGGAAACUGAGGAGGUGGAGAAGAAGGAGGAGGAGGUAGAGAUGGAGGUGGAAGAGGAGGAGGCAGAGGCAGCAGUGUUGAUGGGGGAGAAAGAGCGCCAGUGAUGGAAUUAUGGACGAGAGGAAGAAAAAGAAAAGCAAAACUGUACUGAGACCCAUUAGGUAACUCCAGAGUAGAGGACGACAUUCUGGAAAGAGAGACGGUGAUAUUUAAAAA